AAAUUUGACUUUCUGUCUCACUGGUGGUUCUUGACUCUGUUUGUCUUGUUAAAGGUUUUAAGAAUGUUUGGAGGAGAAAAUACCCAACAAACAUGAAAUCCAGUAAAAGUCUGGAGGCACAUUUACAAGGACAGCUUCGUCAGAAAGAGGCCGAGAACAGCCGUCUCAGCGUGCAGAUGAAGAACCUGAAGGAAGCAGCCACACAGCAGAAGGAAGAAGUGAACCGUCUGAGGGAGCAGGUGACGAGGCUGAAGGAUCAGGAUUUAAACCAGCAACCUCUGAAGCUAGCUGCACGAGUCCGAAAAGGAGGAGAUGAGUUCUGUGUGGAAACUUCAGUCCAGCUGAGGCUCCAGCUGCUGCACACGGAGAAGAAACUUGCAGCUGCUCAGUCAGCAGCUGAAACCUGGAAACAUCUCCACAAGGAAAAAGUGGAAGAGAAUCAUCAGCUUUAAUAGGCGAUUAUUUCAAAUCACGAAGCAGCUGCUCGACGUCCAGGAGAAAGUCCAGCCUCAACCUCUGUCUCCAUCACAGCUCCAACAAUUCACAGACUGCAUCCAGCAGUGUGAAAGGCU